AUGCCCCGAGCCCGAAAAGGCAGCGCGCCCCGCAGAGGCGGCCAGCGCCGCGGAGGAGGUGCCCGGAGCAGUACCCAGGCUGACUCAGGCUCCAGUGAGGACGAGGCAGCCAGCGAGGCCCGCAGCACUACCAGCGAGUGUCCCAGCCAGCUGAGCGCCGCCGCCGAGGAGAGCCUUGGGGGGGAAGCCGUGGAAGAGCAGGGUCAGCAGGAGGACCUUGAGGAGAAGGUGAAGGAGUAUGUGGACUGCCUCACAGACAAGAGUGCCAAGACCCGGCAGGGCGCUCUGGAGAGCCUGCGCCUGGCCCUCGCAGCCCGUCUGCUCCCCGACUUCUUGCUGGAGCGCCGCCUCACCCUGGCCGAUGCCUUGGAAAAGUGCCUCAAGAAAGGCAAGGGCGAGGAGCAGGCCCUGGCCGCGGCCGUGCUGGGCCUGCUGUGCGUGCAGCUAGGCCCCGGCCCCAAGGGCGAGGAGUUCUUCCACAGCCUGCAGCCGCUGCUCGUCUCUGUGCUCAGCGACAGCGCGGCCAGCCCUGCCGCCCGGCUCCACUGUGCGUCCGCUCUCGGCUUGGGCUGCUAUGUGGCCGCCGCCGACAUCGAGGACCUGGUCUCCUGCCUCACCUGCUUAGAAGGUGUUUUCAGCCGGGCCUGCAGCGGGCGGGGCUCUGGCCCGGUGGUCCCCGCCAGCCUGCAGGGCCUGCUCUGCGCAGCCCUGCAGGCUUGGGCGCUGCUCCUCACCAUCUGCCCCAGCACGCACAUCGGCCCCAUCCUGGACAGGCAGCUACCCCGGCUGCCCCAGCUCUUGUCCAGCGAGAGUGUGAACCUGCGGAUGGCUGCCGGCGAGACCAUCGCCUUGCUCUUUGAGCUCGCCCGGGACCUUGAGGAGGACUUUGUCUACGAGGAUAUUGAGGCCCUCUGCGGGGAGCUGCGCACUCUAGCCACUGACAGCAACAAGUACCGGGCCAAGGCCGACCGCCGGCGCCAGCGCUCCACCUUCCGGGCGGUGCUGCACUUCAUCGAGGGCGGCGAGUGUGAGGAGGAGACCAUCCGCUUCGGCCUCGAGGUGCUCUACGUGGACAGCUGGGCCCGGCGCCGGGUCUACGCCGCCUUCAAGGACGCGCUGGGCUCCGGGAUGCACCACCACCUCCAGAACAACGAGCUGCUCCGGGACAUCUUCAGCCUGGGCCCGGUGCUGGUGCUGGAUGCCGCAGCCCUGAAGGCCUGCAAGAUCUCCCGUUUCGAGAAGCACCUGUACAACGCGGCGGCCUUCCGAGCCAGGACCAAGGCGCGCAGCCGCGUGCGGGACAAGCGGGCGGACGUCCUGUGA